AUGAAGUCCAGACAUCACAUUCUUGAAGAACUGGAUAUAAAGUGUGGGCAGUUGUCUCCAAGUCACAGUCAACUUAGAUACGCUCUGAUGAAGAACGCGCCCAAUAUGGUAAAAGGUGCUCAUCUUCACGUCCUGCCUAUCGCCUCCAUGGUAUUUGUCACUGUACUGGCCGGUUGCCUUGGAGCGCAAAUUAAAAAGUUCGUCUACAACAAUAAUGGAUUUGGCUCCUACAGUUUUGAAUAUAAGACAUCAGACGGCAGUUACAGAAGAGAAGAUGGUGGUUUAGUACCAUCACCUGAUGGCAGUUCGCUCGUAGUCCGAGGCGAAUACGGCUAUAUAGACACUGAUGGAAACGCCUUCUCAAUGAAAUAUGUAGCGGACAGAAAUGGAUUCCAGCCAAAAGUAAACGAUGAUCAUACAAGAUUUAAUGACAGAAGAAUAAUUUGA